CAGAGCACGGCAGGGUGUUGUAUAUGCAGUAUUAGAUCCAGCACCACAGACACAACCACACCACACCCCAGGAGAGAGGGAUGCUGCAUCAAUACAGAUCUCAAGAACUUUCACACAUUACAGUUACAUUUAUCAUUGAGAUGAGUGUAUCUACAGUCAAUGAUACGUCCACCCCUCCUCCGAUCUCCCUCGUUGAUCUGAGUGAACAGGGUGACCAUGUGGGACAAUAUGUCCACAUUUUUACUGCUUCCUUUUCAAUCAACAUCAUCCUGGGUCUCCCAACCAAAGUUUACAUCCUGUGGCUGAUAUUGACUGGAGCUGGAGGGACGAUGGCCUCAGAGUUCUUCUCUCUCAACCUGACCGUGUCUGAGAUCCUCUUCUGCCUCUUUAAUACCGUCAGCGUGGCUGAUCUCUACACCCAGUCUGAUUUUGUCCACAAAGCUUCUCAUUUUUCUUUUGGGUUAGUAUUCUCUGGUCGUCCCCUGUUCCAGUGCUGUAUCUGUGUGGAGCGCUACCUGGCGGUGGUCCAUCCUGUGGUCUUCCUGAAGUACAAACCCCUGAGAUACAGGGUGGGGUGUUGUAGUGUUGUCUGGCUGAUGGUUCUUGGGUCUUGCUGUCUAUGUUUGUUUGAGUUGUUUUCACCACCUUUUGUUUACUCUCUCUUUGUCCAGACAAUGAUCUAUGUUUUGCUGAUGUCAUUCUGCUGCCUCUCAGUUCUCUGGGCUCUGAAACGUCCAGGGCCGGGGGAUGGGGACAGGGAGGGGACAAACAGCAUUAAGAUGAAGGCCUUUAAGAUCAUUUUGAUUCUCCUGGUGUAUGUUGUGAUACCUCAUCUUCAAGUGGCAUUGAUGGCACUGACUCGAAGUUGUAUUCCAUAUGUAGAGUUUGUUUUAGGAAUGUCCAUUUGUUUCUGCAUCUGUGUCAUCUCUGGGUUUGUGCAGCCCCUCCUCUACCUCCACAGGGUUGGAAAGCUGCCCUUCAUCAGAGGACUCUAAGAGAAAAAGUUCAAUCUCUUCACCCCAUUAGUGACAUAAAAAUGUAGGAUAUGUCAUUAUAUUUAUGUUUUUCCAUAAUCAUUUGUGAAUUGAAAUGUAUGAUUUUAUUCCAAUAUGGAUUUGUUGUUUUCCAAUUCCUGAUGUUUGAAUGUAUUUCCAAUGUAAUCAGUGGCCUAAAAAGCAGUGGUUGGGACCAGUUCAUUGUAAAGAACAGAAAAAUAAGACAUUUUUUGAGAAACAGAAUCCAAACUGAGAAUGAAACUGAUAUAUACUGUUCCAGAACAAAAACUUUAUUUUAAAAAACAUGAGAACUGAUUAAUAAUGCUCUUUUACAUUAUUUUUUUGUCUGUGUAACCGGUGGUGUACUGCACCGCUGUAACUCUGCGUUGUGUGUGGUUGAUUGAGACUAUAGACGUGGACAUUGGAG